GAUAUGACGUCAUGGAAUUCCCAAGUACAGCUCAGGCAAUCUGCGAGUGGGGGCGGAGCAGUGGUAAACCAAUGAAAAAACUCCGUGUGAUUACAAUCGGUGAAGACUCCGCCCCUCACUUCCGCACAGAGCUUUCAGUGAAAACCACAAAGCAAAAGUCAGUGCACUACCCGCACGAAACAGGCCACCGAGAUUUACCUGCAGAGUAGAGCUACAGCAUGAAACUCAACCAGGAACAAAACACACACUCUUUUUCUAAAAUGAAUCAGUCUCAGUAAGCAAUAAUUAUAAUUAGUAUUACACUUAAUAAACUAUAAUAACCAUACAAGCUUUUAGCUUGUGAACAGCUUGGAGUUUUGAUUCGUUUGAUUCACGACAUCAAGGAAACAUUGUGUAGGCUGUGAUUUCAGGACUGACACUGAUGGUUUUAUAGUCACACUCGUCUAUAGAUUUAGAAAAAAUCCAUUUGCACAAAUUGCACAGUUCAGAGUGUUGAUUAUUCAGCUGGCUUUGGCUGUGUACGACAGCACUGUUCAAGACUUUCGUGCUCGCGAAUCGAUGAAUCGAUUCAACUGAUCGAUUCAUUUGAAAGAGUCGUUUAAAAAAGAGCAGAAUCGUCUGCUUCUGCAGCAGUGUGUGUGUGUGUGUGUGCGCGUUAUUUGUGUGUGUGUGUGUGUGUGAGUGUGUGUGUGUGAGUGAAGCUGCUGGUUUGUUAUAAACACGCUGAAACAAGCAGGCUACCUCUCAGUACUCAGUCUAUGAUUAAAGCAUCAGUGUGGAGUUUUUGCUGCUGGGGCCAAAUUCCUAAACAUUCCUAAACGCCAGCAUGGAUGGAUGGAUGGAUGGAUAAAAAGACUGGAAGUUAAAGCAGCUAGAGAUGAGACUGCGUUUUGGAUCCUAUAGGGGGUAAUAAGGGCAUUUUUUCUGCCCCGGAAAAUAAAAUCCAGGGGUCUUUUCAGAUGCAAUAAGGUUAAAACGAGUAUGUUGAAAGCUUUGAUUGGAAUUUGCACCCUUCAUCUCACAACUAUCUUUUUACUUUUUUGGGCCACUAUUGAUGAUGCUUGGUGGUUUACAAGGACCAUGUACACAGACCUGUGGGGGAGAUGGGUGAUGGAGAAAAAUGAUGAUGUCUGGAUAUACAUGGACAUACCAACAUCUUACAGAAAAGAUUACUUGCAGGCAGUGCAGGCCUUUGCAGUGUUGGCCUGCUUCUUUGCAGUCAUCUCCCUGUGUGUCUUCCUAUUUCAACUCCUUACACUGGGGAAAGGAAAGAGGUUCACAAUCUCUGGCGUUCUGCAGCUUAUGUCAUGCUUCUGUAUUAUGGUGGCCCUAUCUGUCUACACGGAUCACUUCCACAGAGGAGAGAAGGAUGGCUGGUAUGGCUGGUCGUAUAUCAUGGCUUGGUUCGGCUGGCUGCUCGCGCUAAUCAACGGCGCCAUCUAUGUAAUCCUGCGCAAGAGGGUGGAUUAAAUCAGGAAACUAUAUAAAAUAUAACAAUGAAAGCUAGUAAGGGCUAGUUAGCAAGAGUGAUCAUGCUGAUAGAUUCUUGUGAUUUUCAACUGCUGUUAGUCUAAUUAUCCUUUUGGAAUAAGAAUUCCUUUUGGUGUAGUUCCAGACCAAAAAGAUUUUUUAACAGAGAAUUUGAAUUGCCAGAAAAGAUAAAGACCAGUUUGAAAAAAAUACUUCAAGCCAUGAUGUGCUUGAGAUCUUCAGAUCAUCAAAUUGUCCAAAGAUUAUAUUAUAUACUGUAUAAAUUAUGCGUCACUGUACCCAAAACCCCAUGCCCAUGUGCUAUACUGGAUAAACUGAGGUUCUUUAGAUUGGGAGAGUGAUUGAGAUGCAGGAAUUUAAUAAGAAGUUUAUGAAAGAAAAGGUGUGAAAAAAAAAAAAAAAAAUAUAUAUAUAUAUAUAUAUAUAUAUAUAUAUAUAUAUAGUCACAGGUGUGUAAAUAUAUAAUAUAAAGUCAAAGUAUAUAGACACUGUAAAAAUAUAGUUUUGAAAGAAUACUGAUAAAAAAACAAUUCAAAGAACAUCUGUUCAGAUCCACUGAUUAUUUAUAUCAUUUUUGAUUAUUUUGUCUUGGCAUUUUACUUUUCUCAUUUUUAAUGUACUAUGGUUUCCUUUAAUUGCCAACAUAUCACUGCACAAGUCUGGGAUCACGACCAGUAGAAUUAUAAGAUUCGUCUAUAUCCAUUUAUAGUCUGGUGCUGUAACAUUUUGUAUCUUAACUAGAAAAUGCAGUAAAGUAUCUGCAUUCAUUAAACCAUACAGAAGGAAACAUGUCAUCUCAGAUGAUAAAGGACUGGUGUGUCUUUUACUGGUGUGGCUCUAAAGUCACUGUACAUGUUUUUAAGAGAACUGAUGUUAUGUUAUUAGACAGUAAAUCCUGGCUAUUGGAAGGAAGUAGCAUUCAGUUUAAGUGGGAAAUGAUUAGUGGGGAAUGGGAGAAUUACAUUAAUGCUUACUGAUACUCCAGUAAAGGAAUAUACGAGGAAUAUAAUUUACUACAGGAGGUGAUUAGACGAGUCAUGGAUGAAUGUGUCUGGGAUCAGUGUACAUUGUGGUUUAUGACAUGUCAUGUAGAAAAAGUUUGAUGAUGUAGAAAAUGUAAAUAAAGACAUUUCAGUAAUCACACAAACUUCAAAA